CACACAACAGCCUCUGCCACGAGGAGAGAACGGCUCAGAAAAGGAGUUCAUGUGGACCAGGAAACCUUCUCUUGAUGCAUCUGAUCUACUGAAGGACCUGGUGACUAUUCCCUGUGGACACUGCUACUUGUGAAAGAACUCCCGAUAGUAAAUACAUGAUUUCAUUUAUGUUCUAAUCUUCACUGACAGGGAAACAUUUACUGUCCCUUUAAGAGAAAACUCCUCCUCCCUGGAAUGCAGGAGCUUGUCGUCUUGUCCCCUCCCCCUCACUGAUAUGCAAGUGUGAAUAUGGAUGUAACCAACAUCUAGUAGGGCAGGACGAGCCCCAUUCAGUGAAGAACAAAAGGCAGAGAGUUUGAGUUAAGCCGGUCUAGAGAAACUCUGUCAAGUCACUGUGACCAGUGGAUAUGGAUCCGAAAAGGAUUAAACUGGACAAGGCAAUCUGGUCUUGUUGCAUCUGUCUGGAUCUACUGAAGGAGCCGGUGACUAUUCCCUGUGGACACAGUUACUGCAUGAACUGUAUUAAAACCCACUGGGACAAAGAGGAUGGGAAGAAACUCCACAGCUGCCCUCAGUGUAGGCAGAGCUUCACACCGAGACCUGUCCUGGUGAAAAACACCAUGUUAGCAGAUUUAGUGGAGGAGCUGAAGAAGACUGGACUCCAAGCUGCUCCUGCUGAUCACUGCUAUGCUGGACCUGAAGAUGUGGCCUGUGAUGUCUGCACUGGGAGGAAACUGAAAGCCAUCAAGUCCUGUCUUGUCUGUCUGGUUUCUUACUGUGAGAAACACCUUCAGCCUCAUUUGAAAAACACUGCCUUUGAAAAACACAGGCUGGUGGACCCCUCCAACAAGCUCCAGGAGAACAUCUGCUCUCGUCACAAUGAGGUGAUGAGGAUUUUCUGUCGCACCGAUCAGCAGUGUAUCUGUUAUCUCUGCUUAAUGGGUGAACAUAAAGGCCACGACACAGUCUCAGCUGUAGCAGAAAAAGGUGAGAGGCAGAGAGAGCUGGAGGUGAGUCAACGAAACAUCCAGCAGAGAAUCCAGGACAGGGAGAAAAAUGUGAAGCUGCUGCAACAGGAGGAGGAGAAAAUCAAUCUAUCUGCUGAUAAAUCGGUGGAGGACAAUGAGAAGGUCUUCACUGAGCUGAUCCGUCUCAUCGAGAAAAGAAGCUCCGAUGUGAAGCAGCAGGUCAGAUCCCAGCAGAGAACCGAAGUGAGUCGAGUCAAAGAGCUUCAGGAGAAGCUGGAGCAGGAGAUCACUGAGCUGAAGAGGAACGACGCUGAGCUGAAGAAGCUGGAGCACACAGAGGAUUACAACCAGUUUCUACACAACUGCCCCUCACUGUCACCACUCUGUGAGUCUACAGACUCAUCCAGCAUCGAGGUUAGUCCUCUGAGCUACUUUGAGGACAUGACAGCGGCCGUGUCAGAAGUCAGAGAUAAACUACAGGACGUUCUGAGAGAGAAGUGGACAAAUGCCUCACUGACGGUGACUAUAGUGGAUGUUUUACGCUCACAAUCAGAGCCCAAGACCAGAGCUGGAUUCUUAAAAUAUUCACGUCAAAUCACACUUGAUCCAAACACAGUAAACCCAUAUCUGUUAUUAUCUGAUGGAAACAGAAAAGUAACAGUUCUGAAUCAAAAACAGUCUUAUCCUAGUCACCCAGACAGAUUCACUCAUUAUGGUCAGGUCCUGAGUAGACAGACUCUUACUGGACCGUGUUACUGGGAGGUGGAGUGGAGAGGAAGAGGAGUUAAUGUAGCAGUUACAUACAAGAAUAUCAUCAGAAUAGGGGGGAAGAGUGAAUGUGGAUUUGGAUGGAAUGACAAAUCUUGGGCAUUAAGAAUUGACAAAAACAGUUACUCUUUUGUGCACAACAAAGUAGAUACUCCCGUCUCAGGUCCUCAGUCCUCCAGAUUAGGAGUGUACCUGGAUCACAGUGCAGGUAUUCUGUCUUUCUACAGCGUCUCUGAAACCAUGACUCUCCUCCACAGAGUCCAGACCACAUUCACUCAGCCUCUCUAUGCCGGACUUUUGCCUUUUAUUUCUGCAGCCACUGCUGAGUUGUGUAAACUAAAAUAGACGGAAGUCCUUUAAUUAAGGGUUAAACUCUGCGUUUGAACUCAUUUUGCCUCCAUGUUUGUUGCUGACAGCUGAUUGUUGUGGCUGUCAGUCAAACAUUAUGGGUGGUACUUUGACAUCUUCUCAUUAGUUGUUCUGUAAAUGUUUGAGUUUCUUUAGGUGGAGCUCCUUCCUGUCUGUUUAGCCGUGGAGGCUAUCUCUGCUCAUGAUGACGUUUGUUUACCUGAACUGACAUUUUCUCUGCAUGAACAUUUCAACUUCUCUGAGCUCUAAAUGUUUGAUGAAUAUUUGUAUUGAUGCUUUUAUUUUGUUGUUUCUCUUCCACUGCGUGAAUAUUAAGAGAGAAAACACCAGACGAAGACAUUGUGUUCUCGCUACCUCGUAGAUUUGUAAAGAAAUCCAUCAUUUACAUUUUUAAGUUCAUUACAAUCGUUGAGGACUUUAUACGUUGUUCUCUUUAACGUAGCUGAGAUUCUGUUCAUGAAAUCAUUGAUCAAGUGUCAUUUAACAGACUGUACCGAUGGGAUGUGUGAACAAACUGAAUGUUUACAUGAUGAAUAAACAAACAUGAACGAAGUAUUUCCUUCUUGUCUUCAUUCCAGGGUCAGCAUACCAUCUUCA